CCGAAUCCGACCUUGCAAUAAUUCGGAAUAACUCGUAAUCGACCGAGGUGUCACGACAAAACUUACAUACAAGAAGCGAAGCAGUAACAACAAGGUUGUUUGCACCAUAUCAAAUAUAAGAUCGUGUUGGAAAAAACAUUUUAAAACAUAUUACUGGAGGAAUCAUUAGAAAGAGCAACUAAGAACUGAAAAUACAGAAAUGCCGAACUAUUAUGAGGAAGAGGAUGUGGAAAAGAAGAAGCCUCAGUUGGCUUGUCAUGGUGUGCGUGACGACCUCAAGGCCUGUCUGCUAAAGAGUGACUGUGUUGUCAAGCAACGAAAAACACCCAAGGAAUGUCUGCGAACCUAUGAUGCCUCUGUCCCUCAGGAGUGUCAGGGUUUACGAAUAUCUUUCUUUGAAUGUAAAAGAUCAUUGCUUGAUAUGAGAACUCGGUUUCGAGGGAGAAAGGGUUACUGAUUCUCCAUGUAUGAUCUGAGUGGUGUGAUAUAUACGUUAUCGAUGAACAUUACUAACAAACUAUUAUGAUACUUGUGGAAUAGAUCAAAUGUACUGGACAACAGAAACGUUUUCUUGUGUUGGACACCAUCAUGGACUAUGAAACUAAUUCGAGUUACAGACCUGAGUGAAUGAGCAAACAGAUGAAUGAAUGAUGCAUGGAUGGAUGAAUGAAGUUUAACGAACACUGUAGCAACACCAUUCUAAAAAAUAUUAAAUGUUGAUUUAUAGUCGUCCCACAGAGAAUGCCUUUUUCAAUGCUAUGGAAUUUACUACAAGUUAUUUAUUUCUGAGCCGAUUGUUUUCUAAAUUGGACACAAAAAUAGUUAGUUUUUUUGUUAUUUCUAAAACACUUUUACUUUUCUUCUUACAUCAAACAAAACUGAAAUUAUUUACAAAAAGCAUGUUUGUAGGAGGAUGGGACAGACUAUAGACAAGUUAUUCUGCAAUGAAAUGCAUGUUCCACACUCCUUUAACCCUUCAUGCUGUCACUUUUCAUCGAUUACUGAUAUUAUCAGCAAUGAAAGUGCUCAGAUUUACAAGUUACUUCAGCCUGCAUUUUUUAAAUAUGUAAUUUGAAGUAUAUAUUUAUUACACAUGUGACAAAACAGUUGUUCAGUACAUAGAACUUGAAAGAAUGCUUUUAUGUGUGAGUGUUUAGGGGCAUGUGAUACACAUUCUGUAUAAUAUUUAGUAAUAAAAUAUUAAUGCUGA